CUACUUCCGCGUUGCGCGCACCGUUAGCAUUGAGCUAGCAUCCCCUCUGCACAGUGACGUCAGCAGACUUCUGUCCAUCAUCCGGAUCCGGACCGUUGGGUCCAAACUCGGAUGUUGGUUCGACAGCAGCGGGAACUCGUCUGAGGCUUCGGGGCAGAAAGAGGUGUCGGUGCUGGUCCCGGGUCGUUGAGCGGUUCAUGCACAGAGUAAAGAAACGGAAAACUGAAGACGAGACCGCAGACGGCGAGGAGGAGAGCAUCAGGCGGGCGCUGGCAGGCAUGACCGGGGUGGACGAGCUGUCGGACAGCACGGAGGUGGUGGAGAUGGAGGACGUGAACCCGGCGCAGUUCCAGGUGGAGAAGCACACCUGGGAUGGCCUGCGCAAGAUCAUCCACAACAGCCGCAAGAACACGGGCGUGGUCAUCAACAAGGCGCCGCACGACUUCCAGUUCAUCCAGAAGGACGAGAGCAGUCCGCACUCCCACCGCGUCUACUACCUCGGAAUGCCGUACGCCAGCAGGGACAACGCUCUGCUCUACUCCGACAUCCCCAAGAAGAUCCGCAAAGACGCUCUGCUGGUGUUGUCGUGGAAGAAGAUGCUGGAUCGCUUUCAGGCCAGCCCUCACCACGGGGGCUUCUCUCGGGAGGAGGAGCUGCUGCGGGAGAGGAAGCGCUUGGGGGUGUCGGGCAUCACCUCGUACGACUACCACCGAGCCAGCGGCCUCUUCCUGUUCCAGGCCAACAGCAGCCUGUACUACUGCAGAGACGGAGGGGACAACAGCUUCACUACGUCUCCCAUGGACCCCGUCGAGAUCAAGAGCGGGAGUUCAGGCACCCGCAUGGACCCCAAGAUCUGCCCCGGGGACCCGAACUUCAUCGGCUUCAUCAACAACAACGACAUCUGGGUGACCAGCACCGAGACGGGCGAGGAGAGGAGGCUGACCUUCUGCCACAAAGGUAUCGAUAACCCAAAAGACGACCCCAGGUCCGCCGGCGUCGCCACCUUCGUCACGCAGGAGGAGUUUGACCGCUUCACCGGGUACUGGUGGUCGCCGGCCGCUCGCGACGAGGCCGACGGCGGUAAGACGCUCCAGAUUCUCUACGAGGAAGUGGACGAGUCGGAAGUGGAGAUCAUCCAUGUCCCGUCUCCGGCUCUGGAGGAGCGCAAGACGGACGUCUACCGGUACCCACGAGCAGGAAGCAAGAAUCCGGAGAUUAAUCUCAAGAUAGCAGAAAUCCGGACGGACGGUCUGGGCAAAAUCGUCAGCGUGCAGGAGAAGGAGCUGCCGGUUCCCUUCAGCCGCCUGUUCCCCUGCGCCGAGUACAUCACCAGAGCCGGCUGGACGAAAGACGGCCGAUACGCCUGGGCGGCCAUGAUGGACCGGCGGCAGCAGCAUCUCCAGCUGGUCCUGCUGCCUCCGGCGCUCUUCAUCGCCGCUCGCCAGGACGCCGCCGAGCGUCUCCGGAGCCUGGAGGCCCUGGGGGGGGGCGGCGUGCAGCCCUUCAUCAUCUACCAGGAGACCAGCGACAUCUGGAUCAACGUGCACGACAUCUUCCACCCGUUCGUCCAGACGUGCGACGACGACAUCAGCUUCAUCGCCGUCAACGAAUCAAAGACCGGCUUCUGUCACCUGUACAAGAUCACGUCCGCGCUGCAGCGCGGCAGCUACGACUGGGUGAACGGCUACGUGCACUCUGAAGAUGACUUCAAGUGUCCGGUGAAAGAGGAGGUGACCAUCACCAGUGGGGAGUGGGAGGUGCUGGCCAAUCACGGAGCAAAGCGCUCCUCCAGCCCUCAGAUCUGGGUGGACGAGGAGGCCCAGCUGGUCUACUUCCAGGGGACCAGAGACUCCCCUCUGGAGCAUCACCUCUACGUCGUGAGCUACGAGGCGCCGGCCGAGAUCGUCCGGCUCACCAAACCCGGGUUCUCCCACAGCUGCUCAGUGAGCCAGACCUUCGACAUGUUCGUGAGUCACUACAGCAGCCUGACCUCGGCUCCCUGUGUGCACAUCUACAAGCUGCAGGGCUCCGAGCUCCACCCGCUGCACAAGGAGCCGCACUUCUGGGCCAGCAUGAUGGAGUCCUCUGGUUUCCCUUUGGACUCGACUCCUCCGGAGAUCUUCAGCUUCAGGGGGAAGUCCGGCUUCGACCUGUACGGCAUGCUGUACCGACCGCAGCACCUGGUGCCCGGCAGGAAGCACCCCACGGUGGUGUUUGUGUACGGAGGCCCGCAGGUCCAGUUGGUGAACAACUCGUAUAAAGGGGUGAAGUAUCUGCGUCUGAGCACGUUGGCGUUCCUGGGCUACGCCGUGCUGGUCAUCGACGGCCGAGGCUCCUGCCAGCGAGGACUCAAGUUCGAAGGAGCCGUGAAGGACAAAAUGGGCCAAGUGGAGAUCGAGGACCAGGUGGAGGCUUUGAACUACGUCGCUGAAAAGUACAAGUUUGUGGACCUGAGUCGCGUCGCCAUCCACGGCUGGUCCUACGGGGGCUUCCUGUCCCUCAUGGGCCUCAUCCACCGGCCGGACAUCUUCAAGAUCGCCAUUGCCGGAGCUCCGGUGACGCUGUGGAUGGCGUACGACACCGGCUACACGGAGCGCUACCUGGACACGCCCGACAAGAACAAGAAGGGCUACGAGGCGUGCUCGGUGGCGCUGCACGUCGACAAGCUGCCCAGCGAGCCCAACCGGCUGCUCAUCCUGCACGGCUUCCUGGAUGAGAACGUGCACUUCUUCCACACCAACUUCCUGGUGUCCCAACUCAUCCGGGCGGGAAAGCCGUACAACCUCCAGAUUUAUCCCAACGAGCGGCACAGCAUCCGAUGUCCGGAGUCCGGGGAACAUUACGAGAUCACGCUGCUGCACUUCCUCCAGCAGAACCUCUGAUAAGACACACCGCCACUUCCCUCGCCUCCUCGUUCCCUUUCCUACGUUUAUUUAAACCUUCUCCCCUCCCUUGAUUUUAUGAUUUUUUACGAUGACCGCUCGCCUCGCCUCCAAGGCGUCGAUGAGCCGCAGCGGGGUUAGUGUUCAUCACCGCGAGGAAGAGGAGGGUUGUAGUCGGCGCCGUGUUUACGGCGUCGGGUCCUUUCACGUUUGUGUUCAGGCGGAGCGGAGACGCCCGACGGCGCCUCCUCGCCGCUCCUUGUUUUUAUUGCGUUUCAUGUCUGAACAAACACUGGAUGAUGUUUUACAGGUGAAGCUCGACGAGACACGCCGGCUGCUCUGUGCCCUCACAGACGAGUUAUUAUUAUUAUUAUUAUUAUUAUUAUUAUUAUGAUGAUGAGCCACACGCUGGCAGAUCAAGUCACAUGCCACAUUUUUUUUGUUUACUGUUAAACAAAACUGUGAAACUGUAGCGACAUGUUGCUGUUUCACUCGCUUUCCUCUUCUUCUUCUUCUCCUCCCUCUUCUUCUACUCCUUUUCCUUCUCCUUUUCCGUUUCUUCUUCUCCUCCUCCCUCUUCUUCUACUCCUUUUCUUCUUCUCCUCCCUCUUCUUCUACUCCUUUUCCUUUUCUUCUUCCUCUCUUGUCUCCUCCUCCUUCUUCUUCUUUUUCUUCUCCUCCUCCUUCUUUUUCUUCUCCUUCUUAUUCUUUCUCCUCCUCCCAUCUCCUCCUUCCUUUUCUUCUUCUUCUUCUCCUCCUUCCUCUUCUUCUCUUUCCUCCUCCUUCUUCCUCUAUUGUCUCCUCCUCUUCCUCAUGCUGCUGCUGAAGUGUUUUGCACAUAUUCCAUAUUUCUGCCUUGGUGCCACACAGUGACUCAUAAGAAGAAGACGAGGUGUGAGGUGCCUUGCUCGUUAGUAUUAAUAUCAGGGAAUCUGUCCGAGGACCCCCCCCCAGUAAAAUGCCUUGUUGUGCCCCCUGUGAGAGGAGCUGAGACCUGGUCCUGGUCCUGGUCCUGGUCCAUGGACAUAAACAGAAGAAGAAGAACUGUUGUUCCCAAAGUGAAAAUCAAACUGUUUCCAACAAUAUUUUAGACAUAAUUUGUCUGUAAAAUAUCAUAAAACUCCUGAACCUUCAGACGGAGGAACAGUUUGUUCUUUGAGUUCAGGGGAAAAGAGAUUAGUUACAAGAUAAACCCGUCUCCAUGGCAACGCCAGACGGGAACCCAUUUAAUUUGGGGUCUUGCGAGCAAAAUGUGGACGUCACAAAAGUCAAGUUUACUACCCGCCAAAAUAAAAGACUAUGAAGCACCCCAACAUCCCUUUUGUUGUGAUAGAUUAUGGAGGCAAGCAGCAGUAAGAAAACACACACUGAAUACACACAUGUAUAUAUCUAUAUAUAAAUAUCGAUAUAUGUGUCUGUAUAUAAAUACAAUACAUUGACGAUUUUCACCGGUCAGAAUAUCAUCUUAAGAAACAUUUAACUUUAUAAAAACAAUCUUUUUGUAUUGAUUUGAUUUUUACACUAGUGAGCUUCGUUUCCCCAGUAAAAUUAAUUUGUAACCUUUGUCCAAAACUCGAUGUUAAAUAUGUGCCAAAUAUUGAAAUGAUGAUUCCCUUAAAAUCUGAUCAUCAUGCGACCAUGGCAACCAUAUGCAACGUGCACACUUGUUUAUUUACUGCUCACCUCAGAUUCCGAUUCUCAUCUUUUCAAUCUUCUCAUGUACAGUUUGUGUUUUGUUGUCUUUAUGAACAGUAUUGCGUAACUUGUCCGUGUGCGUAAUGUGAAGCGUAAACUAUUUGCGUUUGUUUUGUUUUCACCGAGGUCUGCAUGCCGUUACGCCUUCAACCAGAACAAGUAACCAAGAUUUAUUAAACAUUUUAAAAAACUUUA